AUGAGGUUCUUAGAUGGGGUUUCAAAUUUGAACCGAGUCUUGAGCAAGGUGCAAGAAUUUGGUAUCACGUUGAUCUACACCCUGAAAUCGCAAACUCUCUAUGACAUUGCUUAUCAACCAGAAGCCAAUGCUUACAACUAUGAUCUCUCCAUGUUGCGUCUCGUUUGUACUAGAGGACAGCCUAUACCUAGAGAUACACUUUUACGUGCUGGAGCUUCUUUACAAGCGACGAUGGUGAAUUUCUUUGCUAGCACAGAGACAGGUGUCGUUUUGGCCCAUUCUAGUACAAAACCGCCUUAUUAUGAAAAAAUGGGCAUGUAUGCAAAUGCAGCAUCGACGACUGGUAUCAAGGUGGUGGAUGAAAAGGGUCAAGAAGCUUCAUCGAAUGUGGAAGGUGAAAUGUUAAUUAAAGGGCCCAUGAAUGCAGUGGGUUACUAUAAGCGCCCCGACUUGACAGCCAAAGCUUUCGACAACGAAGGGUAUUACCAUACGAGCGACAUGUUCACUGUUGAUCAAGAAAAUCACUUUAUCAACCUAGGUCGAGAAACGGAUGCAAUCAAGACAAAGAAUUGCAAUAUUUAUCCGAUACAGCUGGAAGAUAUCUGUGUUCUCUUUGACGGGGUAAAGCAAUGCGUUGCCGUUGGCGUCUCGAAUACCCAUUCUGCUGGUGACCAUCCACACGUUUUCAUUGUACCUACGAAGGGAACUAUCUUCGACCAGGACAAGAUCAGCCAGCUGAUUACAUUUGUCAAUGAACGUGUGGCCGACAAGACAAUGAAAUUGGAUGCUAAUGGUGUCACGCUCUUGAAAGAAUUGCCUGAUAGUAAAAAUUAUAAAUUGGAUAGAAAGAAGCUUAGACAAAUGGCAAACAACGAAAUCCACGAGUAG